CUCAACCGACAGCAGUCAACGCUCGCGCAGCCCCGACCGUCGUAAACGGCCGCACGGAGAUCUCUUCUACCAAACAGCGCGGCACGGAAUAUCUCCUUGGCGACGGAUAGGGACAGUAAAAUAUAUUUUAAAUGGACGCCAUCUCGUAUGACAUAUUUUGACCCAGUUACGCUGUCCCCUUCGCUGUCUCUCACUGUGGAAAAUCAUCACUCUUCUCGGAUUAAUUUUUGAGGGAACAUGUUUGAGUGACAGGCGAAGGAGGAAGUGGGAUCUCUGAAGCUCCUCCCCUUGCUGGUGGAGCCCCUGCACAUCUGGAUCAGAGACCCCUUUUCUCUGCUAAACAGCAUGCGGAGGUUUGCCUACUGUAAGGUGGUCCUGGCCACAUCACUGGUGUGGGUGAUGCUGGACAUGUUCAUCCUGCUCUACUUCAGCGAGUGUAACAAGUGUGACGACAAGAAGGAGCGAGGACUACCAGGGAGGGAUGAUGUGCUGGCGAGGCCUCGGGAUGGGCCUGGUGAGGGGGGGAAGCCUGUGGUGAUACCCAAGGAGAACCAGGAGAAGAUGAAGGAGAUGUUCAAGAUCAACCAGUUCAACCUCAUGGCCUCUGAGAUGAUUGCUCUCAACAGGUCCCUACCAGACGUCCGUCUGGAGGGGUGUAAGAACAAGCUGUAUCCAGAUGACCUUCCUCGUACCAGCGUGGUGAUCGUCUUCCACAACGAGGCGUGGACCACGCUGCUGCGCACCGUGCGCUCCGUCAUCGACCGCUCGCCACGCUCUCUUCUGGAGGAGGUCAUCCUGGUGGACGACGCCAGCGAGAGAGACUUCCUGAAGCGUCCGUUAGAGCAGUACGUGCGGAGGAUGGAGGUUCCUGUCAGAGUGGUCCGCAUGGAGCAGAGGUCAGGACUGAUCCGAGCUCGUCUGAAGGGAGCCUCGCUCUCCACUGGACAGGUGAUUACGUUUCUUGACGCCCACUGUGAGUGUACAACUGGCUGGCUUGAGCCCUUAUUGGCUCGCAUCAAACUGGACAGGAUGACAGUGGUGUGUCCCAUCAUCGACGUGAUCAGUGACGACACGUUUGAGUACAUGGCAGGGUCAGACAUGACCUACGGAGGGUUCAACUGGAAGCUGAACUUCCGCUGGUACCCCGUCCCUCAGAGAGAGAUGGACCGACGCAAGGGAGACAGAACGCUGCCCGUCAGGACCCCCACCAUGGCGGGGGGGCUGUUCUCCAUACACAGAGAGUACUUCCAGGAGAUUGGGACAUACGAUGCAGGCAUGGACAUCUGGGGGGGAGAAAACUUGGAGAUCUCCUUCAGGAUCUGGCAGUGCGGAGGGACGCUGGAGAUCGUAACGUGUUCUCACGUGGGUCACGUGUUCCGCAAGGCCACACCUUACACGUUCCCUGGGGGAACAGGACAGAUCAUCAACAAGAACAACCGCCGCCUGGCAGAGGUCUGGAUGGAUGACUUCAAGAACUUCUUCUACAUCAUAUCUCCAGGCGUGACAAAGGUGGACUACGGUGACAUCACGUCUCGCUUGUCUCUGAGACAGAAGCUGCAGUGUAAACCCUUCAGCUGGUAUCUAGAGAAUGUCUACCCCGACUCCCAGAUACCCCGUCACUACUACUCCCUAGGAGAGAUCCGGAACGUGGAGACCAACCAGUGUCUGGACAACAUGGCACGCAAGGAGAACGAGAAAGUUGGCAUCUUCAACUGCCAUGGCAUGGGAGGCAACCAGGUUUUCUCCUACACAGCCAAUAAGGAGAUCCGGACGGACGACCUGUGUCUGGACGUGUCCAAACUCAAUGGACCUGUCAUGAUGCUCAAGUGUCACCACCUCAAGGGUAACCAGCUCUGGGAUUACGACCCUGUGAAGCUGACCCUGGUGCACGUCAACAGUAACCAGUGUUUGGACAAGGCCAAUGAGGAGGACAGCCAGGUUCCCAGCGUUAAAGACUGCACACACACGCGCUCCCAGCAGUGGCUGCUCCGCAACGUCACACUACCCGAGAUCUUCUGACUUGCCGGUCCUCACACACUCACACACACACUCACACACACC